AUGAAUACAACCACUUUCAUCAUUUAGCCUUAUGGAUUAAUAUAAAUAGUAUAAACUCAUUUGCUUCACGAAUGGUUUUACCUUCGAAUCCAAUAUCAAAUUUAUCUAAUAAAAAAAAUCUUCCUUAUGGUCAUCUUUUGA